AUGUCUCGAAUAUUUUUCCUGCAGAUAUGUUUUCUGUUUUUAUAUUCUAGAGUUGAGACUUCCGAUGAAGUCAAAAAUAAUAGAACAGAGACCGUAGAUUGCAGCACACUGAGGCUAGGUCAAUAUAUUUGUCCACACCCCCAAAAAGACCAAAUAGAUCCAGAUACUCAACAGUUUAUAGGAUGCAUGAAAGGGAAGGAAAUUCCAUCAGAAGGGGAAGCAGAUGUUAUAUGUUUGGCAGCUGAUGAGAUAAAAUGCAAUGAGACGGGUAACUCAACAUUUACAAGAAGGCUACCAUGUAAAUGGACAAAUGGUUACUCGUUGGAAAUUGCUCUGCUGCUGUCAGUGUUCUUGGGCAUGUUUGGUCUAGACCGGUUCUACCUUGGCUAUCCUGGUAUUGGGCUCGCCAAGCUCUGUACAUUGGGUUUCAUGUUCCUUGGACAAUUGCUGGACAUAAUACUUAUUGCUGCACAGGUGGUGGGGCCCUCAGACGGGUCGGCUUAUGUCAUCCCAUACUAUGGAGCUGGGAUCACUGUUAUACGAAGUACCAACGAGACCUACCUGCUACCUCAGGCAGACUGGCACAACAUCACCUGA